CUGAAUCUGUCAGCUCUAUUAUAUAUUUUGUGCUGUCAGCAGUGUCAGCCUUGUCAAAAAAUAAUGACAUUUAUUAACAGAUAUUUAUUUAAAAUAUGUCUCAUGCUGAGACAACACUGAGGCCUCAGCCUCGACUCGAUAUUAAAUGGCUUAGAACCAAUUUAGAAACUUUAUUUAGUGGACAAGAUAAUUUAAUAAAUUGUUGGAACGGAUUAAUAGCUGAUGGAGAAUUAACUGGGGAAUUCUCCGAGGGGUUGCUAAAUAGUGCCGGGGUUACAGCAAAACAAGGAGAAUUUGGCAAAUAUUACUGUGGUCAGAGGGUAUUAACUUGUACCUGCUGUGAUGGCAUUUGUGGUCCGCAUAGCGGUUGUAACUGCCAACCUUGCCAGAAACUUGAUGCUGAGGCAUCUUCACAGAAUGUUCCUGAAAAGGAAAAAAUACCAUCCAUGGAAUCUCUGCUUGACCGAUGGGCAUGGGGUCCGCAACCAAGUGUCUACCAACUUUCACAGGGAAUUUUAAGUUUGAAUCAUGAGCAAAAGUUAUUGUGUUCAGAGGCAUCCAAUUCUACACUAUCGUCAACUAGAUUAUAUUAUCGUUUGUUUAUUUUAAAAAGAUAUUUCAUCGCUUUAAACAGAAUACCUCAUUCAGUGGAAUUUGAAAAUGGCUACGUCGCUAGGAAAAGUAGUAUAGAUCCAAACGAUGCCAAAUCUAUAAAUAAAUGCAAAAACAAGCUUACUACUCUAGAUCCUGCCAUAGGGCUAGCUAGGGUAGGUUCGAGGGCAGCUCUUAAUUUUUCGUUUGCUUUUCUAAGAAGAGCCUGGAGGCUUGGCGAAGAUAUAGAUCUGUGUAGUGAAUUGUUAAAUGAAUCUCUAGAUGCGCUUAAAAUGUUACCAGUUGCGACGCUCUACAACCAGAAGAAUAUUUCUCCUGUUUGGUUGGAGGUUGUUGAGCGGUCCAUAAAAUUUUUGAGGCAGGUUGUAACGGGAGAUAUUACGAGUAGCAGGCAAUAUUGCAAUGUUCCUAUCGAGGAUCAACACACAUCCUUAAACUUACUUCUUGAAUUUGCCUUUCAAAAGGGAACUCUUAGUAGCAUACUGGAUAUGGUUUUAUUGCUUUUAAAUUUGUGGGACAACCGUAUGCAUAUGAAUGAUAAUAGGUCAAACGUGGACAUAGCUAGCGCUCCCCUAAUGCCUUUUAUUAGAAGGUUUUCUGAAAUACAACCCACACAAUCGGUAUUCAGUGGAAAAGAAGAAAAUACGGUUAAUUCUAGCAGCACCAAAGUUUUUCUCGAACUAUUGGAACUGCCCGAGGACGAAGCCUGCGAAAUUGACCUUAAACAAGCUGCGAUCUACAUCAUGGCACACUUAGAUAGACUGGCGACACCUCAUAUACCCCCCUUAUCAUUUAGUAAGUCUCCCUCAUAUUUCACUGGUCAGCGAGUUUGGGGCUGGGGAUGGUUGUCGUGGUUGAUAGGUACAGGGCCCCAGGUUUGCGAGACCAUUGCCGAACUAAAUAUAAAGCAGUUGCGUUGUUCUGAGAGAGGCAUACUGCUUUUGACGUGCUCCGGGAAAGUCUACUAUAUGUACUACACCUCUGAAACGCAAUGCCCACAGGUUGUAGAAGUACUAAAAGACAAGGAUGUAACUAAAAUUGCUACGCAUACGGAAGGAAAACAUUUUAUGGCUCUGACAAAAGACUUUGAGAUUUACUCGUGGGGUAACGGUGAUGGCGGAAGAUUGGGACAUGGUGAUAAUAGUUUUAAAGACGAACCCACGUUAAUACAAGCUCUUGUAGGGAAAGACGUCAUAGACAUAGAAUGUGGAGCUACAUAUAGUGCUGCUGUUUCCGCCAAUGGUUCUCUAUACACCUGGGGGAGAGGAAACUAUGGUCGUCUGGGUCACGGCACGUUCGAAGAUUGCGCCAUUCCGACGAUGGUCGCUGGUCUCUCUGGCCAGCAUAUCGUGAAGGUUGCUUGUGGUUCUGGGGAUGCCCACACCUUGUGCAUUACGAGUCAAGGGAAAUUAUACAGCUGGGGCGAUGGCGAUUAUGGAAAACUAGGUAGAGGGGGAUCCGACGGUUCCAAAGUACCGCGCCUGAUUGAAAAAUUGCAGGAUGUUGAAAUAACCAACGUUUAUUGCGGGCCUCACUUUAGCAUUGCUUUAUCCAAGGAGGGCACUAUUUACAGCUGGGGAAAGGGUGAGGGUUGGAAGCUUGGCCAUGCCACCGAAGAACACGUUCGUGUUCCCGAACCUAUCGAGGCCCUUCAAAACAAACGCGUUAUUGCUGUAAGUCUCGGCACGGCCCACGUCUUGGUCCUCACAGAUAAAGGAGAGGUGUACGGUUGGGGGAAGAACGAAAACAAACAGAUCUGCGACAGUUCGGAGAUGUACGUUCAGCAACCCAGGAUCAUAGAAGCCUUAAAAGGCCAGAAAGUCAUAGGAAUCGCCUGUGGCCCGACACAAAGCUUUGCUUGGACUGGCGUUAAUUCAUUUAUGCCCAAAACGAUGCUGCCUUUCGUUAUCGAUCUCACCGAGUAUACUUUCAAGUUUAUAGAUCAACUAUUGGAGAAGGUUAUUGCUAAUAAUGUCCCCUUGUCUCAGGAUAGGGAAUGUUUGGCAACUUCGGUUCUUAAUUUACUUCAUCUUCAGCUUCACAGCAUUAUUAGCAACAAUGUGGACACAAAAAGUUUGUGUUUAGGAGUAAACAGUAAACUCCUAUCAAGUCUAAAAUCGCAAGUCGUGUACUUGGCUACUGCCGCCAACAUCUUGCCAACGGUUCAAACAACUGCCCAAGCCACCCUUCAAGCAGGAUGGUCCAUUUUGCUACCGACGGCCAACGGAAGGGCCAGGACCUUGUCGUCUUUACUGCUAAAUACAGAUAUGGACCUAAAAAUGUGCCAAUCGGGACACAGAUUUAUGACAGAUCUUCUCGUGUCCAGUUUAAUGGCUGAUGGUGGAUUAGAGACCGCACUUAACGAAGCUCUGGGUGACGAUAUUACCGAAUUGGCUAAUUCCGAUGAAAACUUCGAUCAGUCCUCCCAUAUCACCAUUCCGCUUUUGUAUCUCGUUCGGCAGCUAGUUCGAAACAGCAGCACCGUAACGCAGGCCGCCCUAAAAGAAUUCAAUGCCACCGCAAAGCCCCCUUCGCACAAAGCGUCUCCAACGCCGAGCUUAAAGCUCCUUCAGCGCUUUCAGAGGCUACUGAUUGGUAAAAUUUAUUUAAAAAAUGUGGAAUAUCGGGAUGCCGCCGAAACCCUCCUGAUGAAAUACCUGGAUUGCUUCAGUUUUCACGUUAUAGUCACGUUAAACGCCGCUUAUGAGAUAAGUCUGAUAAAUUCGAAAAACUUAACUUGCGUUAUGCAGAUCUUGAAGAAUGACAUAAUAGGCGUUCUCUUGCCGGAAUUAAUUGUCAGUUUAAUUCUCCUCGAACAUGAAGUCGGCAUGUUCCUAACCUCCAUUAACUGGCUUGAUAUAUUCAGCGAUGUACUGAAAUCACUCGACAAACUCAUUCGUGUGUCUCCCGACAUAGAGGUCUUUGAUUUGGACGAUAUUGCUUGGCCCGGUAUAACCCAAGCCAGACCGAUUAAUAUUUCACUCAAGCAACAUGAUGACUUGCCAUUAAUAAGAAAAGCGGACCUCGAAAAUCAUAAUUUAGAUGGCGGGAGAUGGGUGGUUAUAAACAACAAAGUGUAUGACGUGCAAGAUUUCAGAUGCGAUAAUACAUCGAUGACAGAACUUUUAGAGAAAUACGCAGGAAAGGACGCAAGUCACAUUUUCAACAGUUGCCCGCAGAACCACCAACUUUUGGCACUCAUGGAGAAUUAUAUUGUGGGAAAUUACUGCCAACCCGAAACGGACUUGCAGCAGAAUAAUCUAGAUAGCCUAACGGUGUGUGCUACUUUAUUAGACGCUGAAAGGAAUUUAGGUUAUCUUCUAGGAUUGCAUUCGUUUAAUUUAAGGCAAAGUCUGCCCUUUACGCAGGAAGAGAUCGCGUCUGGUAAUUGGUUGACAUCACGGUUUUUGAGUGGAGGCCUACAGGUUGAUCAGCCUCCAAAUCCUUAUGAAGAAGAAAAAGGUGAGACCCGGAGCACAAAUUCAACGGCAGAAAACACUCCAACGGAGCCUAGAGUUGUUUCACAGAAAUUGCACAAGAAUUUCCAACAACCAAACGAUAGGAUUAGUUCCUUUAUAAACGCUUUAGCGGAGAGCAGAUUGUCAGAUUCAUACGUAAUAGCUUUCUUGGCUAUAGUAGAGCAGCAUUCAAAGGCGAAUAAUUUCUUAACUAGAGUGGAUUUUUCUUUCGAACACCCUAUAGAGGAAAUUGGUAGAGUUCUUUAUGCAGUUCUGUUAAAACACUUAGGACUCGGUUAUGUUUUGCUACCCGUUUUAGAAGCAUAUGCGUCGCAACCUAACUUGAAAAUUCCAAAGGCAAUUGCGGAGGUUAUAAAAAUCGUCCAUCACGCAAAAUUCAAUCUAAUAAAAACCCGUCAAGAAGUCAAUAAAAGUUACAAAGAAAUCUGCAUACCGCUUCUUGAGAAGUGCCGUUUCUUACUGUACGAGGUCAAACCCGCGGUUAGCCUAGAAAUGGAGGCUUUCAAGAAAGUUAAUAUUCUUUAUAAAGAACCAAGGGUACGAGUUUUGGUAAAAAAAGUUAUAAAGGAUCUUAAAUGCGGUCGCCACACUUCUGAUAUCCAGAAACCGGAAGAUAUAGUAAACGCGACUAUACAAUCUCAAAGUAUAGAACGACACAAAUCAUCGGAAGAUAUCACAAAAACCACAAUGAAAAAAACCAGUUCCGACAGCAAGAUCUCCGAAUCGAAAAGCGAGACUGACGACGUGAACAAUGAGAUUAAAAACGGCGCCCAGAAGGUUUCUGUGGAAGGCAGGGUUAUGACUGAUUCGUUUAAUUGUAACACGUCGAAGCCCGACCAAAGACACGCCAAGAACUGUACCGAGAUAAAGACUGAGAUGGACGAGAAAUGGGCAACGGAGAAAAUCGAGAACACCGCCAGGAUCGAGCAGAGCCAACCGGACAAACAAAAGAAGAUAGAAAAUCAGAUAGCGCUUGCUGGGAUUGUUACGAAAUUGACUGACAAGAAGAUGAGGAAGGUGUGUCACGAGAACAUGGAUAUGCUGCAUUCUAUUCUAGAGUUUGUUCUUCAGUCUACAUGCGACGUUGAACGACUUAGAAAAGUCAUGUAUAAUCAGGUGAAACGGUGUAAAAUCCGCAAGGAAGGCCUACAAAUGAUAUCGCAUCUCCUCAACCAAACCUAUCUGUUAAAUUCAGUGAGAUACGCCAUAAUAAGCGGCUAUUUAGGAUUGAAUAAAAAGAACGAGUACAUGAAACACUGCCUAGACGACAUACAAUUGGUGACGCCUUAUCUAAAAGCCGAGAUGCUCCUGUUUCAACUGUCGGUAACCGAAUGGUGUAUUGAAACGUUAAGGGGCUACAUACUAAGAGACAUUCCAAGUAAAUCCGGCAAAACCAAAGGGAUAAAUGCUAAAGUCAGUUUAAACCUCGGCACUUACACGUUACUAAGAGAUAUUCCCAGGGCUAGGAUGCUUCUGGCUAUCUUGGGUGUAUUGGCGUCUAAUCGAUACAAUGCCCUAGAACUAAAUCCUCUUAUCAACAGCGGCGUGAUCAGUUCCGUAUUAGGACUGUUGAAACAGGCAGGAUCCGAUCAGAGCAUAGUCAGAAAGGUGUCCGAAUUUUACGUAUUAUACGCUGAUAUGAUUGAGAAUAGUAAACCAAAGACGAGUUUUUUGUCAGGACCCGAAUUAGCAUCUUUAAUGAAAUUGGGGACUAGGGUAGUUCGAGGUGCCGACUGGAAAUGGGGCGAUCAGGAUGGGAAUCCCCCAGGGGAAGGCAGAGUUAUAGGAGAGCUAGGCGACGAUGGCUGGGUGAGAGUGGAAUGGGCUAAUGGUACAACGAACAGUUAUAGGAUGGGUAUAGAGGGCAAAUACGACCUCAAUUUGGCUUCUCCGCCAUCUCCAGUGACUUCCGAGACAGAAACUGAAGAGCCAAGCGAUCACGCUUCGCAUCUAGUAAAAGACAACCAGUUAAUCAAAUUGCUUCGCGACUCGACCAUCAACUUCCUCAGAAACAUCGCCCUCAGUGCGGGGUUAUGCAAAGACAACCUUCAUCACAGUACCGUGCACGGAUUGAGCAGCCUGUUUUGCGCUUCUUUGAAUUCGUCCAGCUCAGAGUGGUGCAAUCUAACAUUGGUUAGAACCAUCUGUCAAACACCUCAGCUGUCCAGGGCCUUCAGUACCAAUCCUUGGAUUAAUAUGUUGUUGGGUUUUCUGAUACCACCGAAUUCUGUCGGGGGAAACGAUAUUAACUUACCGAAACAGAUUUUAGCCAUACGUCUUUUGCAAGUCGUUCUCCAAACGUGGGACAUGGACAACUCCGAAAUUCCGUCAGUUUUAGAAAAACUUCUGAGCAUUCUUGGUAAAGUCGUCCUUACGUGCUCCUACGAUACCGGUAACAAGUCAUUUACCGCCACAAAAUCCCUAGUGUUACUGACCCAGUCUCACAGCAGCACCUUAGGGCAAGAAAUCAUAAACCUACUCAGAACAUUGCACGGAUUGUUGGGUUGGAACCAAAUUUUGAAUGCCAUGUUGAUACAGAAACUCAAUUUGGCUGCUUACUUCUUAAGUGAUGCUUGCCUGACGACUAUGAUGAACGAUGGAUCGUCUUCCGAUCAGCAACAGUAUAUGGUUGUGGCUUGCUUGAACGUUAUAGGCGCCUGGGACGUUAGGCCAAGGAUCGGCGCCACUGCAGAAAUAGAGAGCGGGCAGGGAACCGUAAUUAGAGUAACGCCCAAGGGAAAAUUGUGCAUUCAGCUGCACGAGACUGGCGAAAUUAAGAAAGUGCCGGUGAGCAAUUUAAAACUACUCGGUGUCACCGAGUUUAACUUUGAUCGGAUGCCUUUAAGUGAGAAUUUUAUUAAGACCUGGGCUAAUUUGUUACUUAUCCGGCACAGUUCUCUGAAUAGCCACGAUAAGAAAUCCUACCAUGGUCAAGUAAAUUUACCUUACCUACGAAGUCAACAAAACAUCUUGUGCGCUUUGAACGCAACCCGCGUCCUACACAUGAAUCAAUACAAACUGCGCAAAAUCCUGAAGCAUCCUGUUAACGGAAUGGACCAGUCGCAGGAACAGCAAUCCAUAGAGGAAGAACUGAACCAACAGCCGGUACUCUUGAUCCAAAAAUUACUAGGAAAAGCCACUCGACCCAGUCCGUUGAAACCGGGUUUUAACAUACAAGAAAUGCAGUUGGCGGCUCUCAAUUUGAGCCAGUAUUUGGCCUCGGAAGGAAACUUUGAGACGCCUUCCGGUAUCAAUAACGAUAAACCUACUCCUAAGAAUGGAACGAGGUGUAACAGUGAAUUAGCUACACCUAAUAGCGAAUGCUCGGUGAAAAGCGUUGUAAGCGAGAAGACGAAUAAACGCAGAGAAUUAGAGGAUGAAGUACCAUUACACCCUAUGGUGUCGCAGAUCAUGGAGAUGGGCUUUACAAAGAAAGCUGUGGAAUGCGCGAUAAAAUCGCUUGCGAUUGGAACUGAAAACUUGAUGACACCCGAAUCUGUGGUAAGUUGGCUCUUGGAACAUCCCGAAGUAGCUGCGGAGGAUAGCGAUUCUUUAAGUUCUGUUUAUGAAUCCGAUACAGAAUCUGUUUCUUAUGACAACGCCUUGGGGGCUCAAGCGUUAACUCAAUAUGGCGAUGAAAAUAACUCAAAACCACAGUCCUUCUCCAGGAGGUCGCAGUUCUUAUCGAACGAUGAAUAUGCCAUGUAUGUCCGCGACAACGUUGAAGUUGGUAUGCUGGUGAGGUGUUGCAAGAGUUACGAGGAAGUUCAGCUCGGAGAUAUCGGGAAAGUGGUUAAAAUCGACAGGGAAGGCCUUCACGACUUAAAUCUGCAGGUAAACUGGCAGCACAAAGUUAGCACCUACUGGGUUAGAUUCAUCCACGUCGAGCUGUUAGGAUUCCCACCGUCACUACCCACACCGUCAACGAUUAAAGUGGGCGAUAAGGUGAGAGUCAAGCCAAACGUCAUCACACCUAGAUAUAAAUGGGGAUACGUGACUCAUGAUAGCGUUGGAGUUGUUACAGCCAUCGCUCCAAACGGACAUGACCUGACAGUAGAUUUCCCUAAGCAGCAAAAUUGGACGGGCCUAAUAUCAGAAAUGGAAAUCGUACCGUCUUGUCAUGAGGGAGUUACGUGCAACAGCUGUUGUGUAACUCCCAUCAGGGGUCCCCGAUUUAAAUGUAAAACUUGCGAGAAUUUCGAUCUGUGCGAUAAUUGCUUCUACACGAAGAGAAGUCACCGACAUUCUUUUGUAAGAGUACAUGAACCAGGAUCUCCGGAGAUAUAUGCUGGCAGGCCCGGUAGGUACUACAGGCACGACACAAUCGACGCAGAUGGCGAAAUCGUAACUGAGUGGAGCAGAAUAGUAAAGAACGUCACCGUUUCUUCUAAGUAUGCUGUCCGUUUCGAGAUACCCGGUUCUGUUUGGCAGAGCUGCGGCACUCAAGGAAAGCAUUGGAUAAGGCUAGAAAUUUAUCCAGAUAUAAUAAUCAAAACUUUGAAAGUAGGGGUAGAUCCGGCGGAUAACAGUUAUAUGCCGUCUGUUAUUGUCGUAAAUGGUGGCCAUUCUUCUAACUCAUUGAUGGAAUUGAAUGUUGUCAAUGUAAAAAAUCAUGAUACAUCUGUUUUACUGUUAAUGAAUUUAGAUAAGCAUUACCCUAUUAUCGAAAUAAAUAUAAUAAAAUGUCGGAACAAUGGCAUAGACUGCAAAAUUCAUGGAAUAACCGUAGUGGGAAUUAAAAAACAAUCUUGCGGAGAACUGAAAACGUCUGUAUCGUUCUUAGCAAACGAUUGGGAUUUGAGUCAAGAAGCAACACCUGGACCAUUACUGGUGUCGAUGACACAAGAAUCGAAUACUGAUUUCCCGUCCCCAAACACGUCCGGUUGCAAAGUUUACGUCUGGGGUUUAAACGACAAAGAUCAACUAGGUGGAAUGAAAGGUUCCAAAGUGAAGUUACCUGUAUUUUCAGAAUUUUUAAGUCAGUUAAGGCCUAUUCAUAUAGCCGGAGGAUCGAAAUCUCUGUUUAUAGUGUCGCAGGAAGGAAAGCUGUACGCUUGUGGAGAGGGUACAAACGGACGUUUAGGACUGGGGCAUAAUAACAAUGUACCAAGCCCGAGGCCAAUUCCUUUUUUAAGUCAAUAUGUUGUUAAAAAAGUAGCAGUACAUUCUGGUGGCAAGCACGCUAUGGCUUUAACACUGGACGGAAAGGUAUUUUCGUGGGGCGAAGGCGAGGACGGUAAACUAGGCCACGGUAACAGGUUGAAUUUGGAUAAACCGCGUAUGAUAGAAUCGCUUAGGAGUAAGAAGAUAAGGGAUAUUGCAUGUGGCAGUUCCCACUCGGCAGCUAUCACUAGUAGUGGAGAGCUCUAUACCUGGGGUUUGGGCGAAUACGGUAGAUUGGGGCAUGGAGAUAAUGUUACACAGUUGAAGCCAAAAUUGAUUAAGGCCCUGAUAGGUCACAGAAUCAUUCAGGUGGCUUGUGGGAGCCGUGACGCUCAGACUUUAGCCUUAUCGGAUGAAGGGCUGGUUUUCUCGUGGGGCGACGGGGACUUUGGAAAAUUAGGAAGAGGUGGAUCUGAAGGAUGCAACGUUCCACACAAUAUCGAACGGCUCAAUUCCCUCGCUGUCAUUCAAAUCGAAUGUGGUGCUCAGUUUUCGCUCGCUUUGACGAGAUCUGGUGAUAUUUGGACCUGGGGAAAAGGCGAUUACUUCAGAUUAGGUCAUGGAACCGAUCAACAUGUGAGGAAACCAACGAUGGUGGACGCAUUAAGAGACAAAAAAGUUAUACAUGUCGCUGUGGGGGCGUUACACUGUUUAGCAGUUACCGAAUCUGGACAGGUUUAUGCCUGGGGUGAUAACGACCAUGGCCAACAGGGCAAUGGGACAACCCUCGUAAACCGUAAGCCGGCUCUUGUCCACGGUCUUGAAGACGUUCACAUAAACCGUGUAGCCUGUGGCAGUUCCCAUUCCAUAGCUUGGACGCUUCAAGACACUCAAACUGUUUCAAAAGUUGAACCUGUGAUAUUCCCCGUAGCCAAAGAUCCACUGGGAUCAUCUAUUUUAGGGUUAUACGACAGCGAAAAACCACAAAUCCGAAUGUCGAACAAAAAUGCUCCCUCAUUAAGUACCAUAGUGAUGUCACUCGAAAGCAAUACCGCAAAGCAGCAAGCUUUACAGCAUAUCCUAAACGCGAUGCAUAUACAGCAGUUGCGGCAGGCCAUCAUAAGGGCGUUGUGCAGCCAUACCAACAUGAAAAAUAAUAAGCAAACUGGUUCUUCCGACACACCUUUGGAUCGGUCUUUAGCUAAUGGCUCCUUAAUAAAUAAAGAUGGAGAAAUCGCUUUUGGAGGUGGAGAAGCACCGGCGUCUCUCGCCGAAAUUACAGGAAUAAAUAGCCCAAAUCAAACGACCCCGGAGACGGAAGAAAAUCCCGUGGCCCUGAUCCAGUCCAUGACAGCGAGUAGUUGUUCUGCCAGCAUAUCGUCCAAACACUCCCGCAUGUCGACAAGCGCGAUGUCCGUCAUCGCCGCUACUUUAACUUCACAUGCGGAAGUCAUCGGAGACGGCGACAUAAGCGGCUUAGACGAAUUCACUUCCUUGUUAUCGGAAAACGACGCUAGAUUAUUGGUGGACCUGCUGAAAUUGGCCGUUGCCGAUAGAGUCGAAGACGAACAAGCCAAAGAAGUCCUGUCUACAGUAUUAAUCACGAUGGGAAGCGCCAAUAAGACUAUAGGAGCUAUGUUGUUAGAACUUUGCGUAACGGAACUCGAAGAUACUACGAACAGUACUCAGACAAUGUCAAGUACGCCGCAUCCCGUGGUUCAAGAAUCGAGUCAUCCUUAUGUCGACGAUGUUACGUUAAGAGGCCACGUCAGACUUCCCGGAGCAGACGCUCUUCGAGUUGAAUUCGACAGGAGAUGUUCGACGGAACGUCGACACGAUCCUCUUCAGAUCACCGACGGAACUGGAAGAGUUGUAGCCACGAGGUCUGGACGGGAAUGGAGCGAUUGGUCAUCGGAACUCAGAAUUCCAGGUGAUGAACUUAGGUGGACUUUUACCAGUGACAGUUCCGUCAAUGGUUGGGGUUGGAGGUUUACUGUAUAUCCGGUUAUGUCGAGCCACGGUUUAAGUGAAAUAGGCUCCGAUCGUGCUAUCCUCAGUCAGCCAUCUAUAGAUAUGGUCAUGUGCUUGUUGGAUCCUCGCUUGUAUCCAGCCGCGGACACCUCUUUGAUGUCGAGACUGGCUGCUGCAUUGGCGGCAUGUUCGCAACUCAGCUUCCUUUCUGCAGCUCAAAGAAUGUGGGCAUUACAAAAGCUACACCGGCUGGUGGUCGGCGAUGAUGCCCAAGCUGAAGCUGUGGCUGCACAGUUGCAGGAAUUAAAAGCCCCCGACAGUGCUCUAGGCUCGUUACUGGAAGAGUUGCCUCAAGCUCUCUUGAGGCAGUACGAAUACGAAGAUGGGUCCGUCAGAGCAGGAUUGCAUCUGAUGCAUUCAGAUUUCUUCAAAGUGUUGAUCGCUCUGGCGUGCGAUCUUGAAUUGGAUAAAAUGGUUGGUUUGGUGGAUAAUCACAAAUGGUCUUGGUUCCGGAGGUACUGUCACGCUGCAAGGGUCGCCAAAUCGCUGAUACAUCGUACCCCAUUACCCUUAGGAUUCUGCCAGGAGGUCAGGAAGAAAUUGGGCGACCCUUCGUUGGAGAAUACGGAGGAAUUUUGGGAGCACGAGAAACAUACGGUGUUUAAGAAAGAGCAUGACGAACAACUACUUAUUUGGUUGAAUCGGCGUCCAGAAGAUUGGACUCUUUCAUGGGGUGGUUCAGGUACCAUUUACGGUUGGGGGCACAACCACAGAGGUCAGCUAGGUGGCGUAGAAGGUGCAAAAGUAAAGACUCCUACUGCCUGCGAGGCAUUGUCCACAUUACGACCCAUCCAACUCCUUGGCGGUGAGCAAACUUUAUUCGCUGUCACUGCCGAUGGGAAAGUUUAUGCUACCGGUUACGGUGCUGGUGGAAGGUUGGGAAUCGGUGGUACCGACUCAGUCCUCGUCCCUACCUUGCUAGAAUCGAUACAGCAUGUUUUCAUAAAGAAAAUAGCUGUGAACUCCGGUGGGAAACAUUGUCUAGCUCUUUCCGCAGAUAACGAUGUUUAUUCUUGGGGCGAAGGUGAUGACGGAAAGUUAGGACAUGGUAACAGAAGUUCUUGUGAAACUCCCAAACUAAUCGAAGCUCUGCAGGGUUACGAAAUAGUUGACAUAGCUUGUGGCGGGGCACAUUCGUCCGCUAUAACUUCGUCUGGACAUUUGUACACUUGGGGUAAAGGUCGUUACGGCCGUUUGGGCCACGGAGACAGUGAAGAUCAGUUGAAACCAAAAUUGGUUGAAGCUCUUUUGGGUUACAAAGUCGUCGAUGUAGCGUGUGGAUCAGGAGACGCACAAACUUUGUGUAUAACGGAUGAUGAUAACGUUUGGUCUUGGGGUGACGGGGAUUACGGCAAACUAGGGAGAGGUGGAUCUGACGGUUGCAAAACACCCAUGAAGAUAGAGAGUCUGGCCGGUCUGGGAGUUGUCAAAGUGGAAUGUGGUUCUCAGUUUUCCGUCGCUCUUACCAGAUCAGGCAGCGUUUACACUUGGGGCAAAGGUGACUAUCACAGAUUAGGUCAUGGCACUGGCGAUCACGUGAGACGUCCCAAGAAAGUAGCAGCUUUGCAAGGGAAAAAGAUAAUAUGUAUCGCUACUGGAUCGCUGCACUGCGUAGCGUGUUCGGACGAAGGGGAGGUUUACACUUGGGGUGACAACGAUGAGGGCCAGCUUGGAGAUGGUACAACUAACGCCAUACUAAGACCGAGACUUGUAUCACAUCUUCAACAGGCAAACGCGAAGAAAAUAACGAACGUUGCCUGCGGCUCUGCACACACCUUGGCUUGGUCUACAAGUAACGCAAGUUCCGCUUGUGCUAGAUUACCGUCAGUCGCUCCCUUAGAAUAUGACUUACUGCAAGAUAUUCCGCCAUGGGUAUUACAUCGCCGAUUAGUUCUUUUGCAUCAUUUCGCUGAAUUGAUAUGCCCCUGCAUUACGAUGUUUCCCAUUACCGGCCCUGAUUCUUUGCAUGAAUUAAGGAGUAUUUUAAUUUACAACAUAAAAGAGGCGACUUUCAGGAAAGUCGUUCAAGCCACGAUGGUUAGAGAUAAACAUCACGGACCGGUUAUAGAACUGAAUAGGAUUCAAGUGAAAAGGUCAAGAUCAAGAGGAGGCUUGGCCGGAGUAGACGGAAUGAAAUCUGUCUUUGGACAGAUGGUCAGCAAAUUGCCAUUGUUGACUUCGGAAACUCUGGCAUUACCUCACAGAGUUUGGAAAGUUGAGUUUGUGGGUGAAAGCGUGGAUGACUGUGGCGGCGGCUACAGUGAGAGCAUAGCGGAAAUGUGUGACGAACUACAAAACGGAUCCCUGCCUCUUCUGAUUCCAACACCCAAUGGUAGAGAUGAAGCUGGCGUGAACCGUGACUGCUUCAUAUUAAACCCUCUUGCGAAAACAUGCCUGAACUUGAACAUGUUCAGAUUUUUAGGGGUUCUUAUGGGCAUUGCCAUAAGAACCGGCUCCCCUCUGAGCUUGAAUCUCGCAGAACCAGUUUGGAAGCAACUAGCAGGAAUAGAUUUGACACCUGCUGAUUUAACAGAAAUCGAUAGAGAUUACGUCCCAGGACUAUUAUGUAUUAGAGAUAUGGCAGCGGAUGAGCCACUAUUUCAAAAUCUAGAGAUGCCCUUUUCAACGCCCUCUUCUUGCGGGACAGAUGUGCCGCUUAGUACGAGAUACAAGAGGAUUACUUACGAAAAUCGACUCGAAUAUGUCCGAUUAGCUUUAAAUUUCAGGUUGCACGAAUUUGACGAACAAGUUAAGGCCGUACGUGAUGGAAUGUCCAGAGUUGUACCCGUGCCACUUUUAUCGUUAUUUAGUGGUUAUGAAUUGGAGACAAUGGUGUGCGGAUCGCCCGAUAUACCACUUUCAUUGUUAAAAUCGGUCGCUACUUAUAAAGGUAUCGAUGGUAGCGCUCCAUUGAUUCAGUGGUUCUGGGAGGUUAUGGAGGAGUUCACUAAUCAAGAGAGAUCACUUUUCUUGAGGUUCGUGUGGGGCCGAACACGUUUACCCAGAACCAUAGCCGAUUUUAGAGGGAGGGACUUUGUUAUACAAAUUUUAGACAAGUAUACGCCACCAGAUCAUUUCUUGCCCGAGAGCUACACUUGCUUUUUUUUGCUUAAAAUGCCUAGGUACUCAUGCAAGCACGUUUUACAACAAAAACUGAAAUAUGCCAUUCAUUUUUGCAAAUCCAUCGACAAAGAUGAAUAUGCUCGAGUUGCUAUGGCGGGAGAUCUCGCCGUCAGUUCAAGUUCUGAUGCGGACAGCGACCCGGAAAUGGACAGUAGCAACUGAAACCGUAUUACCUCCCGUCCAACUUAUUUCCUUUUUGCGUACAAAUUCAAAUGUGAUGGCAAUGUAGGUAUCUUAUUUUAAACAUGAAAUUGAUGGUUGUUGUAUGGAAUAAAGUAUUUCCUUUUAUAUCAGAACGAAGCUAUUUAUUUUGGCGAGCCUUCACGAGCUUAGCAUGCGAACAGCAAAGUGUAACAUUAAGUUUUCAAGCAAUACACAUUUUUUCUUAUUAUAUGUAAUUAUUGCGUUGCUACUUGUUUUUACAUUCCUCGAAUUCGUCAAUUCAUAACUUUUUACACCUUCGUUAUAGUGCAGCUGUAAAUAUGCCGCUAAAUGCCUAGUGGUUAACUAUAAUGUAAUGGAAUUAUUAAAUAUCGUAAUGGUAAUGAAUAUAGAGUAUCAUGUUAAUUUUUUUUAGUAUUAUCACUUUACAUUAAUAUUUUAUAUAUGUAUUGAUCUAGUCAUAUCUUUAA